AUGGCCAGAAGCAAGCGUAAGAGAUCGGGUGUGUCGGAUGUUAAGGCCAGUAUAAUAGACGCGAUAGAGACCACGCAUAAGCAGCCUGCCAAGAAGAAGAAGCGUGUGAAUGCGACACCUAACCUCGAGUCAGAGUACCGGGAGUUAUUCAAGAAGUUCAAUGGCGUUGAAGAACGGGAUGUGGAAGAAGACAGGAAUCCUAAGGUAGCGAGCCAUGAACCUACUUUACGCGAUGAUCAUGUUGCAGAUGCUAAAAGUGCAGAUGCUAAAAGUGCAGAUGCUAAAAGUGCAGAUGCCAUCCCACAGCCGCUUUCAAACAGAAAGGCAAGGUUAAUGAACAAACCGACGCUUGCUGAGUUGAAAAGCUCUGUGCUGACACCACAGCUGAUAGAGAAGCACGACUGUGAUGCCAAGGAGCCUUAUUUUUUGGCUUCUGUAAAGACGUCGUUUAACGUUGUACAAGUGCCGAGCCAUUGGCAAUCGAAGCGGGACUAUCUAUCUGGGCGGUCGCUGCUGGAGAAGAAGCCGUUUGAGCUGCCAGACCUGAUCAAGCAGACAGGUGUGGACUCCAUGAGGAAUACGCUCCCUGAGGAUGAAGAGCAAGAGAAACUGAAGGAGCAAACGAGAAACGCGGUACGACCCAAGCUUGGAAAGCUAGAUCUGGAUUACAAGAAGCUUUACGAUGUGUUUUUCAAGCUAGGAAAGAAGUGGAAGCCUGACACGAUGUUACCGUACGGUGAUGUAUACUAUGAGAACAGAAACCUGCAAGGUGAAGCCAGAUGGCGCAAGCUAGUCAAGGACAGGAUACCAGGCAGGCUCAGCGAUGACUUGAGGCAUGCGCUAGGCCUGCAGCCGGGUCAGUUACCACCGUGGUGUCUAAGGAUGAAGGAUCUUGGCAUGCCUCCGAGCUACCCAAACAUGAAAAUAGCUGGUCUAAAUUGGGAUAUAAGCAACUUCAAGGACAACAAGUACGGAAAGGUGAGCAAGAGCAACUGGACAAACACCCCACUGUUUGGCGCGAUUCUCCAAUUUGACGACCAUCAACAGGCACCAGAAGUAGAAGUACCAGAAGUAGAAGUUGAAGUAGAAGUACCAGUACCAGAAGUACCAGUACCAGAAGAAGUAAAGAAGCCAGAGCCAGUGACGUCUAUACCAGAAUCACAUAGUGCGAAGCCAGUCAACACCAUCCGUGGAUCUGUCGAACACGGGGGAAUUCAGGACAAUGUCGAGUCUGCACAGGAUGAGUUGGCCAAUUACAAGUUCUGA